GCGACGUAAUUUAAUCAUUUGUUUGUGUGUCAAGUCGACGGCGCUGAAUGUUGGCGCUCCUUUUAUUCCUCCAAAAAUCCUUUAAAUAACUGAGUAUUUGUAAAAUUUCUUACUAAAUGUCUCUCUGGUUGGACUCUCCAGCAACCUCAAGUGAUAUCUCUGGAGAAUCACAUCAUUCUGAUCAAUUAGAAAAAAUAUUUCUGGACGAUGAUAUUGAGGUGACAUCUCUCUACCCAUCGAUGUGCCCAGACUGCUCCGAAAGGAAUAAAAAGUCAGGUUUCCGGUAUUUCUUUGUCAAUGAGCACGAAGCUGUUUAUAAAUGCGAGAGUUCAGACUGCCUCUUUCCCUUCCGGGAGUUUAUUUUCAAGAAUUUCACAGAUAAUACUGUAUAUCGGUAUCAGAAAGUGUCCCAAGGAGAUUUUAAUACUCCCAUAGAAUUGCCAGGAUUGAACUUUCCUGACAAUUUCACUUACCUUCCGGAGCAUAGCUUCCCUUUUAAAUUUGCAAGUCCGAAAGCUACCCAAGAACCUCUGGGCUUCGAUUUGGAUUCUAUUCUGAAUGAGGAGAGUGAUGAUGGAUCAGUUCAAGAGUUCAGUGACAUUAAGGAUUGGCUCGAAAAAGGAUUAAAUGUCACAGAUUCUCCAAAACCCGAACAAGAUAUCGACAGAGAUAUCUUGGAAGCUAAAGCCAUUCCUGUGCCCAAGAAACUUAGAAAAUCCCUGAAUCUCAUUAAAGGGGAACCAAUUGAGGAGGAAUCUGAUAACAAAGUUUUUACUCCUUUACCUACAAAACCAGCAAAAUCAACUAUCCGUGCUGCAGAUUUUAUAAAAACGAUCAAAACCAAGACUUCAAUUUGGGGCAAAUCUGCCACAUCCGUGUGGGCUUCUCAGCAGAGGAUCUCGUCCGACAUAAAGCUAGAAAAACAAAGACCUGCAAUUUUGGAAGAAAGAAGCGAAAAAGUUCAAAAAACUGGAUCUGCCCGUGAGAGAAAAAUUAAAGUUGAGCAAGAGGACAAGCCUUCCCAGAAGGAUCCACCUCCGAAUGUCAGGAGAUCCCAGAGACUAAGCAAUAAGGAUUAUCAUACUGUAUUCACGUCGAAGGGAAUCAAGAAAGAAAAGAUUUAAAGCGAGAA